UGUGCGACCUGCCCCAUCCACUCCACCUCCGUGCAGGGCAGCUCGUCUCGGUCAGACUGCGUGUGCGAGGCUGGCUUCUACGAUGCUGAAGCGGCAGCGAGGUCGUCGACGCAGGGCAGCAACGCUACCAUCGCUUCCUCUCUUGCAGCUGGGCCGGACUGCCGCCGUUGCGCGGAGGGAAGCUACAGCAAUGGUACCGGCUCUACAGUGUGUGCCGAGUGCCCAGCCCACACUGUCUCUGCUGCAGGCAGCUCUUACAUAUGGGAGUGCAAGUGCCAGGCAGGCUUCUACGAUGAAAGCCCUCCUGCCAACACAUCGGGCGCAAGGCGCUGGGGGCCAAGUUGCAUCCCUUGUGCUUCCGGGUCCUACAGCGAUGUAGAGGGAUCGACAACCUGCACAGCUUGCCCCGAAGGCAUGACCUCGAGGCUUACAGGCAGCGCAAGCAUCCUUGAUUGUCGUUGCACGAGCGGCAAGUACAUGGACCCUAAGAGCGGGGCUUGCCUAGCCUGUCCAGGGGGUACAUACAACAACGAAAGCCGGCUGACGUUCUGUCAACACUGUCCGGAUGACAUGGAGUCAGCACCGGGCUCCUCCAGCGUAGACGACUGUAAGUGCACCAUGGGCUUCGUGAGCGGUCUGAAUGGAUCUACUGGCUGUCACGGGUGUCCAGCAGGAUCCUACAAUGACGUAGUCGGGGCGACGUAUUGCAAGAGCUGC